GAGUCAAGACACUCUCAACCAUAGGCUAAAAGCAGUAUAUCAUUCUUUCUCUCCUCUUCAUUAAUUAUUGUGCUAUUAGCUACCUUUAGCCAUGGCAUCUACUUGCGAUAAGGGUUUUGCUGAUAGUUAUAUGAUUUUGAAUCCAGAAGAUGCUCAUUUCUUUGAUAUUAUUCGUAUUUUAUUUUCCCGGAACAUAGGGCAUAGAAAAUUUGUGGAUAGUAAUGCUGAAGGAGAUGUCGAGGGAAGCUUUAGAGGUAGAUGGCUUAUAUUUAUCUCUAUUGUUCUCCAGAAAGUCUUGUUGUUCAUUGCUAAACCACUUGCCAUGAUUGGUUAUUGGGUUGAGAUGUUGAUUAACCUCAUUGCUCUUAAUGGAGGCAUCACCAUGAUUAUAAUUAACUUUCUCUCAGGUCAUUUGGAAGUACCAAAUCCAAAAUCUUCAAAAUACUUGUCUUGUAUUGGAAAUUUGGAUUCACGAGUAAACAUGGACAUUCUCAAGCGUGAAGACAACAAAUACUAUGUUUCUCUAGCUAUGAUGGCUUCAAAAGCAGUCUAUGAGAAUGAAGCUUUCCUUAAAUAUACUAUCAAAUAUGACUGGAAGAUGGAGUAUGUGGGAUUUUUUGACUGCUGGAAUGAAUAUCAAGAAAGGGCCACAACCCAAGUCUUGAUAUUGUUGGACAAAUUUAAGGACCGUGACACUUAUGUGGUGGCUUUUAGAGGAACAGAACCCUUUGAUGCAGAUGCAUGGUGCACCGAUCUUGAUAUCUCUUGGUAUGGGAUUCCUGGUGUUGGAAGAGCACACGGUGGAUUCAUGAAAGCCCUAGGACUACAAAAGAAUUUGGGUUGGCCUAAAGAGAUUGAAAGAGAUGAAAAACUUGCCCCACUAGCCUAUUAUGUUAUUAGGGACAUACUAAGAAAAGGUUUGAGUGAAAACCCUAAUGCAAAGUUUAUAAUUACGGGUCAUAGUUUGGGUGGUGCAUUAGCAAUACUUUUUCCAACAAUUAUGUUCUUACAUGAUGAGAAAUUGUUGAUUGAGAGGUUGGAAGGGAUUUACACAUUUGGACAACCAAGAGUUGGAGAUGAGAGAUAUACACAAUAUAUGACACAAAAAAUGAAGGAAAAUCGUAUAACCUAUUGCAGGUUUGUUUAUUGCAAUGACAUUGUUCCAAGGUUGCCCUAUGAUGAUAAGGAUAUGCUCUUCAAACACUUUGGGAUCUGCCUUUUCUUUAAUAGGCGCUACGAACUCAAGAUUCUUGAAGAAGAACCCAACAAGAACUAUUUUUCACCUUGGUGUGUGAUACCCAUGAUAUUUAAUGCCAUAUUGGAACUCAUAAGGAGCUUUACCAUUGCCUAUAGAAAUGGACCUCACUAUAGAGAAGGAUGGUUUCUCUUCUUCUUUAGGAUGGUUGGUUUACUAAUUCCAGGAUUACCUGCUCAUGGUCCCCAAGAUUAUAUCAAUUCAACUCUUCUCGGAUCCAUUGAAAGACAUUUCAAAGAAGACUGAUGUAUCAAUAUGUGUCAAUCGAUAAUAAGCUUAUAAUAAAGCAUGUUAAUUUCAUGCUUCAAUUUGCCAAUGCAAAGUUGUUAUUUUAUAAUUGUGUAAACACCAAAAAUGCUAGAGUGUGAGUUUGUUCUCUUCUCAAAGAGUUAGGCAUGUAAUAGAUAUUUAUUUUACUUAUAGUUGUAUCCUCUAGAACUAUAGCAUCGUUUCUGCCUCUCAAAAACUAUAAAUCGUUUCCAAGUGAAAUUAAGGUUUCAAAUUUGAACAA